ACACUCAUUGACCCGCAUGAAAAAGCCCAUUGCUUAACGUGGACACAUUAUUGUGGGGGUUAUUCCUCUCGCUUCGUCUCCUCCUCUCUGCGAACACGUUGUAUUCCAGUCUUUUCUAGCUACCGGUACCGCCUGGCACUGGCAGAGCGGAGGUGAUUUAGUGAAAUCACUAGUUUUCUCAAUCAACUAUUUUAAUAAUUGCCUCCUGUUCUCUCCAGCUGACCAAAGAAAUGGUGAUGGAGAAGCCAAGUGCCCAGCUUGUCGGGCGGGAGUUUGUCCGACAGUACUACACACUACUCAACCAGGCACCAGAUUACUUGCACAGGUUUUAUGGGAAGAACUCCUCCUACGUGCACGGAGGGCUGGACAACAAUGGCAAACCAGUUGAAGCUGUAUAUGGACAGUCGGAAAUCCACAAAAAAGUUUUGGCGUUGAACUUCCGCGACUGCCAUACCAAGAUCCGGCACGUGGACGCCCACGCGACCUUGAACGAGGGCGUGGUGGUGCAAGUGAUGGGGGAGCUGUCCAACGACAUGCAGCCCAUGCGCAAAUUCAUGCAGACAUUUGUGCUGGCCCCUGAGGGCACCGUAGCGAACAAAUUCUACGUUCACAACGAUGUAUUCCGUUACCAAGACGAAGUCUUUGGCGAUUCUGACUCAGAACCCCCUGAAGCAGAAUCUGAUGAGGAUGUGGAGGAGAUGGAGGAGAGAGUACCUUCACCUGAGGUGGCCCAGGAAGAGGCUGCGUCCUUCUACGAACAGACACCAUGCACAGAGCCGGAGGCGCCGGGGGAGGAGGAGGCAUCCGUCACCCCGGAGCCCGAGGCAGAGCCAGAGGCAGAGCCGGAGCCGGAUGAGGCUGACGGGAAACAGGAGCCCUACCUGGAGCCGGCCAGCCAGCAGCAGCAACACAUCACAGAGGAGCAGGGAGAAAAGUGCCUUGUCUCCUCGGCCCUGCCCUCUGCCGUGGAGCCCACGCCUGCCCCCGCCGCUGAAGAUAACCGGCCUUUCUCCUGGGCGUCUGUCACCAGCAAAAACCUUCCCCCCAGCGGAGCUGUUCCCGUCUCAGGCAUCCCCCCUCAUGUUGUCAAAGUCCCAUCAACCGCGCCCCGGCCAGAGGUGAAAACAGAAGCCACAGCACAGAGAACACAUCAGAGAGACCAGAGACCGCGGGAAGCCAGGCCAGGUCCACCACCAGUCAACCGGGCCCCCAGGCCAGGAGUGCGGGAAGGAGAGCCGGGAGAAUCGUCGGAGGUUCGUCGUGUGGUGAGGUACCCAGACGCCCACCAGCUGUUUGUGGGAAACGUCCCACACGAUGUUGACAAGGCAGAGCUCAAGGAGUUCUUUGAACAAUACGGCACUGUGCUGGAGCUACGGAUCAACAGUGGAGGGAAACUCCCUAACUUUGGAUUUGUGGUUUUCGACGACUCGGAACCUGUACAGAAAAUCCUCAGCAACAGGCCUAUUAAGUUCAGAGGAGACGUGCGACUGAAUGUGGAGGAGAAGAAGACUCGCUCUGCACGGGAAGGCGACCGACGAGACAUCCGCCCCAGAGGUCCAGGUGGCCCCGGGGGGCCCCGAGAGAGGAUAGGAGGACCCAGGGGCCCUCCCCCCCGGGUCGGCAUGGCACAGAAACCCAGCUUUGGCUCUGGACGUGGCACUGGACCCAGCGAGGGAGGUCGCUACAUGGGACCUCGUCAGUGAACGUCAGUGCGGAGCCAGAUGUCCCGCUCCCAUGCCAGCUACUACUGCUGAUCAGUCAGUCAGCCCAAGUCUGAGUAUUGUAUAACAAAGGUGGCUUCUCAGUCUCUCCCUUCCUCCCUCCUUUCGCUUUUUGUUUUUUAACCUGGGAUUCUGGAAUGUAAUCCCUCCCUCUACUGUCCCGACAUUGUUGACAUGAUCCGGACUUUUCUCUUCGUCUUUUACAUUUUCAUCCUGAACUUGAAUUUGUUGUAAGAAAGAUAGUAAAAAGGGUAAAAACUAACUACUUGAAUUGGAAAAACCCAGUUUGGUUUCCGCGUUCUCUCCCUGUUUCUUAAAGGAACGUGUAUGUACUGCUUGGGCAAUUCUGUGUAUUGCUACCACCGUCUUCAGGUCAAAUGCAAGUAUGGUUUUAUUUUAAAUUUGCAAAGUUGAAUCAUGGUUGUGAAUGAAUGGUUAUCGAGCAUGUAACAAAUCCUGUCUGCCUUUUACUGAUGCACUUCAUCAUCAUGAGAAUACCAAUCAGCUGUUGAGAACUGAAUAAACAUGAUUUACUGUUUAAAAUUGA